AUGCUUUUCAGUCUUCAUCUGCUGCCCAUUGUGGCUAUGUCUGUCUCUGCAGUGGUGAUCCCCAGCCCACCCGGAGAAUACGAUGUGUUUUACAGCACGGCAAAAAUGGUUGAAAAGACCAGAGUCGAUCCCUUUGAUCCCAAGCACGGCCCGCGUGCAGUGAUGACCUCGAUAUUCGCCCCCACCAACUGUAAAGUCGGUCUCAAGAAGAUAGAUUACCUGCCCCCCGCAACAGGUACAUAUUACUCCGAGUUAUACAGUGCAUACGGACUUCCGAACGGGACUCUUCAAUCCAUCUCUUUCCAGGCGUGCCCUGAGCCGCCGAAGGAGCACCAACUCCAGUUUCCAGUGGUCCUCUUCUCCCCUGCUCUUGGUACGACCCGGCUGUUCUACAAUGCCAUUGCACAGGCUGUGGCUAGCGCCGGGUACAUCGUGGUGUCUAUUGACCAUCCCUACGAUACCGAGUUCCUGGAGUUCCCGGAUGGAAGCGUGGUGACUGCUGCAAACAUCACUGACGAUCAGGUUCCACUGGAUGUCGAGACUCGAGCGAAAGAUGUGUCAUUCGUCCUGGAUCAGCUGAGCACAAAGGCCGGUGUGGCAGCUCUACUCCCUGGAACAGGCGCCGCGGGUUUGAGGACUCGGCGAGUCGCGAUGUACGGUCACUCGGUUGGCGGUGCGGCCGCCGCGGAAGCCAUGCAUUUGGACCGUCGCAUUAUUGCGGGAGCGAAUUUGGACGGGUCACUGUUCGGAUCAGUGGUUCAACACGGGCUUCACGGACCAUUCCUUUUGUUCGGACAUGAAAAUAAGACCCAGGCGACAGACCCCACGUGGGCAGAGUUUUGGUCAAACCUGCGGGGGUGGAGAUUGGAGCUGGAACUGGCCAAGGCUCAACAUUACACAUUCUCCGACUUGCCGUUCCUAUUGAAGCUCCUGGGUCUGCCUGUUGAAAAGGUCCCGGCCAUUCAAGCCAUGGUGGGAACUUUGGAUGGGUUCAAGGCAUUCGAAAUUGUUCACCGAACCGUUGUUGCUUUUUUGGGGUUUGGGCUUCGUCAAGCAUCGCCGAGUCCCCUUCAAGAAGUCAUUUCGCAGUAUUCGGAGGUAUCAGUAUUUGCGCGCGGCAAAUAA